AGUUUGUAGGAGAGGUGACCCGUGAUUCUAACAAGAGUUAUCUUCUCACGUUACCACGGGUUCGCAGUCCUAUACUGUGGACUGAAGUCACUGCGUUUCUGCUCAAUGUUUCAUGGACGGUUUGAAUAGAUUAUCUCUAACGGAAUACUUGAAAGCCAGGAAUUUAGUCUACGGUUCGCUGCCUGUUCUGCAGUUUCAAUGAGCUAUCGGCUAUUUUAUCACAGUGAGUAGGCUGAACGCGAUACGCUGUCUUGUUGUUGCAUUGCCUACUUUUGUAAAGGUGCGAGUCUGUUAGAAUGAAUUACCGUUUUUGGUAUUAUGUCAUGUAGUCGGGUGUUUUUAGAACUAUGAAUGACCCCCGUGACAAGGAUAUAACACCGAUAUCUCGGAAACACCGACUCAUGGCUGCUGCCAUGUCCGGGGACGAGAGCCCAUUGUACGGCAACACUUCCAGGGCUGAUCGGAAUGGGAUAGGAUUGGUUCACUGUUUUAUUUGUGGAAGCGGCGUUUCGCCAGGAAAAGAAUUGAGAUUACAAGUGAAAUAUCCGAAAGAGAACGGUCCGGUUUUCCCGUUUUUACAAAACCAGGAGCCAGCGCCGGGGGCAUGUGAAGUCAGCCCGGAUGGACACGCUAUGGUGUGCGCCGUGUGCCACUGUUUUCUGGGGGAGCAGUGGAACUCGUUCGAGCGGACUAGGACACCCAUAGAGAAGCGUAUGUACUGGUUGAAGAGGCCGUAUCAGUGCGACUCUCGGCGGAUACCACAGGAGUGGAACAUCUCCUAUGACCUGGAGCGGAGAAUCAGUGUCAGCAGCCAGAAUUACGACGGGAACGAGUCGGAUUUCUCCUCUUUCUCGGAAAACGAGAACAUGUCAGACCAAGAACUGGAUUUAGUAGACCGCGCCGGUGUGAGCAAGGAUAAGUAUAGAACAUCUGGCAGCAACAACAAAUCUCCCAGAAACGGUAGCAGGAAGAACAACAACAGUGUUAUCAGUGUUAAAAACAGCCCUGACUCUCAACGGGCUAUCCGCUAUCCCGUGGGUGUUUACCAGGCACAGGACUCGCCGAAAUCGGAUAGUGCCAUGCCGCCCAGGCGCGGUGCUAAAAUUAUGAACCAUCUCUCUCAGUCUUCAGUAUCUCUGGCCCAAGAGAUUGUGUCCCAGAGAUGCUAUGAGAGCUCUCACGUCGACACACCUGUGGAGGACAACGGGAUCAUUAUGCGCAACAGGCAGUGGCUAGCGGAGGGGAAUGUCAGACACGCUGACCCGCGCCCUCUCCAACGCGCUGCUGACAGCAGCUGUAGCUUAGCCAGGCAUCCCUCCCUCAUAUUCCACCAGAAAGGAGAGGAUCUCGCUGACGCUGCCGACGGACUAUCACCCAUUGGCGCCGCUGUCACCUCUAGGCGCGACACAGCAGCACCUAGAGAACAUGUUCCGGGCAAGUUUAUAGCCUCUGACAACUCUGACAACGACCACGAGAUCAAUAUAACCAGUGACGACGACCGCGAAGUGUUUGAAGCAGCUGGCAGCAGCAGAGAGAGGGUAUUGGCCCUGCUGAGACCACCCAGGGACGCUGCCGGGAGGGUCAUUGCCAUGCCCCAGAGUGGUGCCAGAGGUGGUGCCAACAGGAGUACCAGUCCCGAGGAGUGUGUGUGUUACAUCUGCGGCAGCGGGCUGUGGCAGGGCGGGAGGUUCCGUGUGUCUGUGCAGAAGCAGGAGAGGGCAGCUAGCGAGCCCUUCUUCCCCUUCCUGUGGUUACACAGCCCUCCCCCUGGCGCCGUGCCCCUCACCCCGGGGGGCACCACCCUGGUCUGUGCCAGCUGCCACACCUCCCUAAUGCAGCAGUGGCAGGGCUUCCAGCUGGCCGACGUGCCUGUUCUCCAGCGCCUCUACGUGGUCCCCCUCAACCAGGGCUCCUCCACCCCUGCACCAGCCUCGGGCCACCCUCCCUACCUCACUCCCCAGGAAAGGCACCCCUCAGAGCCCCUGGACUGCCUACCUAAGUCUCAGGCUUCCUGUGAGGCCUGUUUCCUCUGUGGCCAGGAGUGCGGGAAGGAUGUGAGGGUGGCAUAUGCACGGGUCGGCAUGGGAAAAGCCCGCGGUGCCAUGUAUUUCCCCUUCAUCAACCUGCUGCCGUGCCCGCCUGGUGCCCGGGGAGUGAGGAACGGCCGGGUGCACUGCUGUCCUCCAUGCCACGCCAUCCUGGAGGAGAUCUGGGGGGCGUACCGCCUCAGCCUCAGUGAGGACCUCAUCACCUCUGUCACCUCCUUCCUGGGGAGGUACCACGCAGUGCUGGCCACGGGUGGAGCCGGACUGGCCCAUUCCCAAAAGGGGGUGUCCUCCUCUUCGUCUGGCCAUGGUGGGUCUGUAUCAGUGUGUUACCUGUGUGGGGCAGAGCUAGGGGUCGGGGGGGAGUUCCAGCUCCAUGUCAACCCUCCCGGGCGCUGUGGAGAGAGAGAGCCCUUCUUUCCCUUCCUCACCGUCCACCCCCCCGCUCCCCGCGCCAAAUCUGCCGACGCCACCGGCCUGGUGUCAGCCUGUGCCCUCUGCUAUCACGACCUGCAUGCCCAGUGGGCUCAACAUGAGAGCCAGGGUUCUGCCACCUCCAGCUCUACAGCCCCAGGCCCAGCCACCUCCACCCCCCAGCCGGCCAGCUCUCCCUGGGCCAGACAGUACAGCUGCGAGGCCUUUGUGUGCUUCUUCUGCAGACAGGAUCAGAGGCGUCAGGGGGGGCUGUGUGCGGUCACAGUGGCCAGGCUGCCCGUGUUCCUGUACGCCCCACGCGGGCGCCGCACCCUCCUGGUGGAUGAUGGGAGGAAGCUGGUGAUUGGCUCGUGUGUGGAAUGUAAGUCCAUGGUGCUGGCGGGACAGAGCAUGCAGCAGGAGAGAGUCAGGGACGGGGAGGGACAGGGAGACGGGAGGACAGAGACAGAGUCACCUCCCCCUACAUCACGCCCCAGGAACAAGACAUCCAGUGUGGUUGAGGGCGUGGCCAGAGUCAGCAAGGAGGCGGAUUCUGCCGUACAUACAUCAGCAGUGAGCGAAUCACAAUCAACGGAACCUGGGGUUGGCCACACCCCUUCUCUACCCCCCACCCUGGAGCCAGAGAGAGGAGACCGCCCACCUUCCAGCAUGAGCCAUGAGCCAAAGUCACCUUCCUUAGGAAUGAUAUCCACGGCAACUCGCACCACGGCGACGGUCAGCCCCCUCACCCCAUCGCCCCUUAACGGAUCUAUCGUAGCCAAUGGGAGCCCGGCGGCCCAGUCCGCACACUCCGGAUUCGCCGCCGCCCUCCGUAAACUGGCUAAACAGGCCGAGGAUCCUCGAGCUGGCUCGUCCAUCAGUAGUGAGUCGUCUCCGGUCUCGUCCCCAGCCACCAACCACAGUUCUCCGGUGAGCACACCCAAGAGAGGCCCUCUGGGCCCAGGGCCUGUCCUGGUGCCACCUGGGGGCCACAGUGUGCCAAGCACCCCGCCCGUCGUCACCAUCGCCCCCACCAAGACCAGCAACGGCCUCUGGAGGAGCGAGGCACGCCAGGCUGACUCGGGCCCUCGUGGGGUCAGUAGAGAGCGUCUGGGGGCAGAUGCGCCCCACCAGCAGGAGAAAGGUGGCCCCUCAGUCCCUGCUCACCUCAUGGGAAACCCCUAUGCCUUUGGCCUGAGCCCCGGAGCUGUCAUGCAGGACGCACGCUUCCAGCCCCUCAAUCUGCCCAGGCAGCUGCCCCAUGGAGUGCCCCCUGGUGGGGUACCAGAGGAGUACCUGCGGGGGUUCCGCCCCUAUGCCACGGCCGAAGACCUCCGCAUGCCUUCUGGACUGCCCCUGGGCCUGGACCCCGCCACCGCCGCCGCAGCCGCCGCCUACUACCAUCCCUCCUACCUGCCACAUUCCUCCUUCGCCCCCUACAGGAUGGAUGAUCCGUUCUGUCUAUCAGCUCUGAGGUCACCGUUCUACCAGCUCCAAGGAGGGGGAGGCCUGCCCCCCCUGCACCCCUCUGCUGUCCACAUGCACCUGCAGGGGGUCCGCUACCCUGGGGACCUCACACACGCUUCACUGUCCGCUCUGCAGUCUGAGAGACUGUCUGAAAGGCUCCAGAUGGAAGAUGAGCUCCGACAGCGAGAGAGGGAGCGCGAGCGUGAACGAGAGCGCGAGAAAGAGAGGGAGCGUGAGGCGGAGCGAGAGAAGGAGCGGGAGAGAGAAAGAGAGAGGGAGCGAGAAAGAGAGAAGGAGCUGGAGCGGGAGAGAGAGCGGGAGCGGGAGAGGGAGCGGGAGAGAGAGAAGGAGCGAGAGAGAGAGAGGGAGAUGGAGAGGCAGAAGGAGAGGCAAAAGGAGAGAGUGAUGAGAGAGAAGGAGCUACAGUCCAAGGCAAUGGAGAGUCACUACCUGGCUGAGCUCCAUGCCAUGAGAGGACAGGAGGACAGAACCAAGCCUGAGAGACUCACCCUCAACCGGCCAGACAAAACCAAAGAGCCCGCCCUCCAAGCUCCUAAGCCAAUGCCACCAGGCCUCCACUCCUCCCUGAGCCAAUCACAUCACGGUGUUCCCGGCCUGGUCUCCGCCCAUGGCCUCUACCUGGGGCCCGGCGGCAUGGGGGUGGGGCUCACCGCCGCCAUGAUGCUCCAGCGGACCAAUGAGGAAGAGCGCUGGUUGGCGCGGCAACGGAUGCUUCGCCAGGAGAAGGAGGAUCGUCAGUACCAGGUGUCAGAGUUCAGACAGCAGGUCUUAGAGCAACACCUGGACUUGGGACGACCUGGGGAGGGAGGAGAGCUACGCUCAGACACACACAGAUCCAUACCAAAUCACCACGAACCGGGUGGCCGUGACCUCCACCCCCACCUGGGUGCCCCUCCCCCCCUCAUCUCCCCCAAACCCCUCCAGUCGCGUGACCACCCCCACCCCCCUCUCCCCACCACCUUGUGGAAUCCCGCCUCCCUCAUCGAUACCGCCUCGGACUCACGACGCACCACCCACCAUGACCCACCGGGCUUGGGCCACUACGACCUCAGCCGCUUGCCUCCCAAACUGGAGGAUGGGCUCCGGAGGGGAAGGGACCGGGACGGGGGCCUGGAGAAGUACCACCCCCCUCUCCGAGGCCCCCCGGGGCUGCCUGAGCCCAGCACCUUCCUGGCAGAGCUGGAGAAAUCCACCCAGACCUUCUUCAGCCAGCAGAGGGCCUCGCUGUCCCUGCCCAGCCAGUACGGAGAGCUGGGGGGAGGGAUGAAGAGCAGCGGGGCCCUAAAGAGCCUUCAGGGGCCCUCAGGGAUGGGGAGACAAAGCCAGGCCCAGGGACACAGUCUGAGCCAGGGAAUGGGGCCUGAGUCUGGCCUAAUGUACGAUGAGUUUCUCCAGCAGCACCGUAGGCCUGUCAGUAAACUGGACCUGGAGGAGAGGAGGAGGAGAGAGGCCAGGGAAAAAGGUUACUACUACGAGCUGGAUGACUCGUAUGAUGAGAGUGAUGAGGAGGAGGUCAGGGCCCACCUCAGGAGGGUAGCAGGGCAGCCCCCUCUCAAACUGGACGACUCCACGGAGAAAGUGGACUUCCUGUGUGUGUUUGGUCUGACCACGGUGUCACGACGCGACCACCUGGUGCAGCAGAAGAGGAGGAAGAGGAGGAGGAUGCUGAGGGAGCGUAGCCCCUCGCCCCCGGCUGUGCUGUCAAAACGCACCCCUCCUCCCCCGGCCCCCCUCAGCACCCACUUCACCCCAGAGGAGAUGGACAGAGCCCCCGAACUGGAAGACAAGAAACGCUUCCUCACCAUGUUCAGCCUGUCCCACGUCUCUGUGCAGCAGAGGAGAGAUAAUGAGACAGUGGUAGAAUUGCUUCAGGCCAUUAAACAAAAGAGCGUAACCUUGGAUACCAUCAGACAUGCCCCUCAACCCCUAUGUAAGACCCCCCAAGCACAGAACUCAGAUCCUGCCUCAACGCUUUCCAGCGAAUCAGAUGAGCCACUCAGUGUCAGUCCCUCCUCCCCCGGCGGACUCCUGGGGCAGUCUAAACCCCCCUCCUCUGACGCACUGAGACUAAAGGAUCCCCCUCCUCCACUCCCCUACCCGGAAAAGACCCGUGGGCUCCCUGAGGGCCCCCCCUCCAAGAGGACCUCGUCAUCCAGCCUGCUGAAUAGCCUGCGGCCCCCCAUGCAGCCUAAAGACGCUCCCCCCAGCCUGAAUGGCCGGACCAAGCCCUGGGAGAGCUUUACUGCUGAAGAGUUUGCCCAGCAGUUCCACGAGUCUGUCCUCCAGUCCACACAGAAGGCCCUACAGAAGCACAAAGGUGGAGCCACAGUGAUCUCAGUGCCCUCUCACCUCCAGGACUCCUCCGUGCACUACAACAUUCCAGAGCUGCAGAGCACCCCCAGCCGGCCGCCCCCGCCACACACACACCCUCACACACACCCACACGCACACUCCAUCCAACACCCGCACUCACACCCGCACCCCCAGCCCAAUGGGCAGCACUGCCCCCCGCCCCCCCACCGCGAGCCCCCAGGAGCGAGGGAGGAGCAGUCUGCACCAGAGGACUCAGAAGAAGACGAGGAAGAGGAGGAAGAGGAGGCCCCAGUACCCAGGUGGCAGGGGAUUGAAGCGAUCUUUGAAGCCUAUCAGGAAUACAUUGAAGAGCAAGGUGUGGAGCGCCAGGUGCUGCAGAGCCAGUGUCGGAGACUGGAGAACCAGCACUACAACCUGAGCCUGACAGCAGAGCAGCUCUCCCACAGCAUGGGGGAGUUGAUGUCUCAGAGACAGAAGUUGGCGGUGGAGAGGGAGAAGUUACAGGCCGAGUUGGAGCACUUCAGGAAGUGUCUGACGCUGCCGCAGCCCCACUGGGCCAGGGGAGGGCACUACAAGGGUUACCCCCCCAGGUGACAGCUCCACAGGAGAGAGGGAUGGAUUCAUGGAUUCAUUGAUAGAUGGAUGGGGCUGCCGCCAGCCUGCCAGGGACGGUGCCACCAGCCAGUGGUCUGUGCUAACCUUGGGGUCAGAGGGAGCAACGGGCACGUCACACACGGGGCAAAGCUCUAGGACGGCAUGGUCAACACACACACAAACAUACAGAAGAACACACUCACACCAUUCUCUUCAGCGGGCACCAGUUACUCUCUUACAUUGCAGUCCCAGACCCAUCCUGGGCUCCCCUCACAGCCACGCCCACACAGACAAUCCUGCAACCGGAGAGCAGCUCAGCCCUAGAAUGGGUGUGGUCACGUGACAGAGCGCCAUCUACCACCAAUCCAAUGCCCCUACCUCUGGCCAAUCGGACAGGACUGAACCUCCCAGCAUCUCUCCUGGUGGCAGGUCAGGCCAGCUUUCAAACUUGAAAUGCACUUAAAGAGAAAGACCUGAAGAACUACCUGGUGGUACUGUGUUACGACAAAGAACUGUUCAAAUUAGGGAAGAAUUUACAAAAUGCACAUUUUGGAAUGAAUAAAGGAAAUGUUUUAUUUCGAGAUGAGAAUAAGAAUUUAAAAGGUGCUUCAGCCUUGUAUUGUAAAUAAUAUUAAGACUAAAAAUAAUUUUGUAUGUUUUUAUUACUUUAAUCAUUGUUCUAUUAAGAAGAAGAAAAUAAGCCUGCCAUUUUUUUAUAUGUUCAUGCUUUUUUGGUUGAAACAGAAAGCUUUGCUUUUAGUGUUUGUUCUGCUGCUGGUCAGGACUGCCCUGUUCGGGGGUGUAGAUUGAAGGAGAAAAGGAGAGAGAGAACAUGCUCCACUCCUCUCCUCUCCCCCUUUGACCCAGCCAUGUGGUCUGCCAUAGCAGCAGCCUGAGCUCCAGCCACAGCCCUCCCUCCCCUGGCCUCCAGGCCCCGUAAGGCUCACUGAGAUGGGGGUAAGACCUAACUCCAGGCCCCACAGGCCUCCCAGAUCCAUGCACUCCGUCAGAACACCAGCCCCACACAGAACCCCUCCUGUCAGGAACAGCAUGUUUUACCACUCUCCCUGUGUGAGUAGUUACCCAUGGGAAAGAGUGAGUGACAGCUACAGUUACAAUGUCAUCCUUUACUUUCUCUCUCUCCUUUUCCCCCCUUCAGCUCUAGUCCAGGGAUGAGCCCUUAGUAGAACUGUUAACUGAUAACUAGACCCAUCUCUCUGGACCUUAUCAUUAAGCACGGGGGGCACAACACCCAUUAUGAUGAGACAUUCAUAUCACUAAACCCACAGAGAGGAGGGAACAAUGCAGACAAUACCACAUCAAGAUUCUUCUCCUUUGUGUUUGCCAUAAAAGGAAAUAGUGCCAAAAAGUAGCCCUCCCUCGCACACAAUAUCAUGAGAGAGACUUUUUUAAACCUCCAAAUAGAGUAAUUAAACUAACUCCCUGAAUUUAAAUGACCAUCCCACUUCUAAACAUAUUAUAUUACUACAUUGAUCCCACUUAUCAUAAUGUCAAAUUCCUUGCCAACAAUUGGUUAAUUGACAAUUGUUUUUCACUUGAGGGCCCUCAAAUCCAAAGUCAAUUAAAGGUUCUCUUUUGCCAAGAAUAUGAAUCCUUGUCCUGCUCUGCACUGUGCAUCUAUAGUGUGUGUUUUCAUGCCUACAUCAGUGUCCACCUCGCUGCUGGCCAUAGCUGUCUCCUGUGCCUCAGUACCCCUGUUCCCCAGUCUCUCUAUUCCCAUACCUUCCUUCUGUGGGAGUGUCUGGCCUUUUAGCCUUGCAUGAGGACCUUCGGCAGCAUAGAUCGCAAUGCAGCGUGGGUAUUGUAGUGCUGUCAGUCAGAGUUGACAAGGCAGAGUAUGUAGUCCUAAACGGGUUCUGUUUGAACUCCAGUCUGAUGCUGUGGAUGUGAGAUGGCAGGGAGGGGAGGGUGGCUGCAGGUCUGGUCCUUACAUCCCUCUUUGUUCCACUCCUGGUGAGCUCUCAGAGGAACACCCAGUUAGGGAGGCGGAACCAUGUUUACAGACCAGAGCAGAGCUACGAUAGGAGCACCACUUGUCAAUCAGACAGCAAGCGCUACCACUGAGUUAAGCAGCCAAUGAGUUAGCGGGAGGACGUUAGGCCCUUCCCCAGAGCCUCCUUACUCUACCACGCACGCACACGCAAUAGCCCCCUGGCUCUAUGGAGGAUGUCUAGACUCUAGAUGCUGUGAAACUCUGAUUUUAAAAUGUACUUGUUUGAAUUAAUUGUAAUGUAAUAUAUUAUUUGUUGAAUGUAGUAAUUAGGUAUUUAUGAAUAUAUUGCUGUAAUUUCAGACAAAAAAAUAAAAGAAAAUAUUUCAAAAAUGUA